CCGCCGUCUGCUGCGCCGCCGCAUCCGCGGGUGUACCCAGCCUGCUGGCGUACUACGCCACGCUCGGCGUCUCCCUGGCCUGCUUCGCCCGCGCGGUGUGGCCGGGUCGCGUCGGCGCCGUCCUGGCCCCGCUGGGCGCCUUCGCGCGGCGGCGGGCGCCGCUCGCGCGCGCCGACCUGCGGCGCCUGCGGGCGCACCCCGCGACCGCGCCAGUCUUGAGGUGGGCGGAGGCCAAGUGGGGCCAGCACAAGGACGCCGCGCCCUGGCUCGUGCUCCGCCGGGCCGGGCGCUUCGUCCGUUUCGCCGCGACCUUGACGCGCGACGCGGCGUGCGAGGAAGCUACGACGCCGUCGGUGCUGGGAUACCUGCUGACAGGCGCGGUCCGCGCGAUCAGGUCGCGUCGUGCAGGAAGGGCGAGGAGGAGGUGGAGGCGGCGGCCGACGGCUUCGUGUUCAGGGACAUCGUGUGCCUCGUCGGGAUCGGGUUCUACGUCCUGUUCGCCACGCAGUUGACCUUCCGAUUCAGCGCCAUCAGCGGAACGCAAUUCUGCGCCGCGUGUUUAGCGGCAGCGUGCGGCUUGGCGAUGCUGGUAGCGGAUUGGAUCGACCUACCGGAUAACGACGACGAUGGCGAAGUUGGCACCACCGGCGAUAGCGCCGACGACGGCGCAACCCAGCAGCGGGAGGGCGACGCCGGCGAGGCAAGGCUAGGCGCGGAGCUCGACAUGCACGAGUCCUGGUUGUUCCUGUGGGUCCUGAUCAUCAUCGCGUUCUGCUUCGACGCCUUCCUCCUCUACGUCACGCUCGGCCCGCGGCCAAUAGAACUCGCGCUCCUGGCCCUCUGGAACUUCGAGGUGCUCUGUGUCGGCAGGCAAGCCGGGCUGACGCCGGGCGAUGGCGAGGGAGCCGAGGGCUCGGCGGAAGGCGUGGACGGAGCUGUCGACAAGUGGAGGUGCGGCGCGCUGGCGGUGCUCGCGGCGUCCGGCGUCAAGAUCUUUGUCAUCUACCUCGUACUCGACUUCUACCUGGCCGCGCUCAGCUUCUUGUGGCUUUGCGCCAUGGCGGACCUCCUGCUGCUUGAGGAGGACAGCCUUUUGGAGAUGGAUGAAUCGGGAGGCGACGAGGAUAGGGAGGAGGAGCUUGCUGGCGUCGGCGAGGACAUCACCGUAGGUGCGGAUGAAGGGGCUGACGAGGCCAGGGCGGAGCAUUCCAGCACGAGUUCAUCAGAGGAUGAAGUGGAAGCCAAUGCGAGCUCAUCGGAGGAUGAAGAAGAAGGCUGUGCUCUGAAGGAGCAUUGCGAUAGUAGUAGUUCGGAAGAGCGGGAGCAUCUCGAGGAGCAGCGAUGGGAAGAACCGGACGGCAGCAGCCGUGGAAGCACGGACGAGGACGACAGCUGGGACUUGGUGGAGAUCGACCCGGAGAUGCCUGCCAAAGAUAACUGUGGCGCCAACCGGAACUCCGGAAGUCGUCCAGGCUUCCCUUCCCAUGGAAGUCGGCAGCAUGAUAUCCUAUUGAUGCGGCUGAUUUAUCGUGAGAUUUCCUUGGUUUCAUUAGGGUUCAUUAUAUCAAACUUUCCGCAAACUAGAGAGUUCUUUUUAGCUAGAAUUAGAAUUGAAAAAAAAGAAGGCAUUUUCUUGUGGUGCGUAUGUACAUAUUUUUUGUGCGCCACCGGUCCUUAA